UCAUAUUUGCUCGCCCUCCCUCCAAUUUCCCUUUCCACACUUCCUUUUUUUUCCCUCCGAGAGAGUUGGGAAAGAAAAGCUUCAGACUGUCGCUGGAAAAAUCCGCAACCCUAAUUCGAUUUCUGCAGGCCGCUGAACCAGAGAAAUCAAAGAAAUAUUAAUGGAGAACGAGAUUAACAUUGUCGACGGCGGGGCGUCGGGGGACGAUCCGACCACGGAGGAUUUUUAUGAUUUUGAUCAGCGGGAGAGCGAUGCAAAGGUCGCAGAGCUGAGCCAGAAAAUUGAGGUUUUGGAGCGUGAAAAGAAAAAAUUGGUUGACGAAAAUGAAGAAUUCAAAGAUAAGGUUAAAAAAGUUUCUGUGGAGAUUGAAGGAUUCAAGAGUGAAGAGGGGUCGCUGAAAGAACAACUGAAAGAAAUAGAGAAACAACUUGAACGUUCUGAAGAGGGAAAUAAGGUGUUAGAAUCGGUUGCAGCGAGAGCAUUGGAGCUUGAGACUGAGGUCGCUAGGCUACAGCAUGAUUUGAUAUCUGCAAUGAAUGGAGCUGAAGAGGCAAAUACCGAAGUCGUAGAGUUGAGGAAAAAUUUGGGGGAAAAGGGAGAAAAGGUUGAAGCUAUGGAGGAACAGUUGGAAGCCCUGAAGAAAACAAAGGUGGAGAGUGAAAAGAAAGUCAGAGAAUUGGAGAGGAAAGUUGGGGUGUUGGAGGUCAAGGAGAUAGAGGAGAAGAGUAAAAAAGUUCGAGUGGAGGAGGAAAUGAGAGACAAAAUCGAGGCGAGGGAGAGGGAAAUCACCAGUCUUAAGACAGUUGUCCAGGAUUUGGAAUUGAUGAUAACGAAGAACGAGCUGGAGUUAGAUAAGUGGAUCAAGGAGAAACUUAACGUCGAAAAGUUGUUGAACGAGUCGGAAGAGAAAACGAAAACGAUCGAGUUGAAUAUGGCUCAGUUGCAGAAGGAAGUAGAGGAAGCACACAAAGUCAUUGGUGGAUUAAAGGAGAAAGCAUUGAAUACUUUGAAUGGAACUGCAGAGGAACUCAAGUCAGCUUUCAAAGGUGCAGAGAAGGAGUUGAACUCGAACUGGCCUGUAAUUGCAGGUUCGACUGGAGUCGUUGCUGCCAUAGCUGCACUAGCCUUUGCUUUGUAUGGAAGGCAAAGAUAGAUCGUGAUGCUACGAAGGCAGAUAGUUGAGGGUGGAGGCUUAACUCAGAAUAUAGCCAAAAGGGUAAGGUUCAUGAACUGCAUAUCUGCUUCAGUUUUGUUAGAUAUGUUUGUUUAUUUGGUGGUUUUUUCCAAGCCAAUAAGUACUGGUUGGCGCUAAAUUUUUGCUUCAAAUGAUCUUCUGAAGCCAAAUCUUGUUAGUUAACCAAUUUAGUUCAAUCCCACUGUUAUAGAUGAUUAACCAGACAAGUCUUUGAGCUAUACUUGUUUCUUGCAUUUCUGAGUUGUUUUCAAUGCAUUCUUGCAUGAUAUGCCAAAAUUUGGCAAA